AUGGCGUCAACUGGAGAUGGCGUCAAAACGGACGACAAGCUUUCACUCGUGCUCGCCGAGGGAAGACAUGCUGCCAGGAAAGAGCAAUCGAUGACCCUCUGGCAAGCCCUGCGACUAUAUCCGAAAGCCAUUGGCUGGUCUGUCCUCCUCUCGUCUACUCUCAUCAUGGAAGGGUAUGACCUCGCGCUGUUGAGUUCGAUGUAUGCGUCUCCUGCCUUCAACCAGAAAUUCGGCGAGCAGACAGCUUCAGGAAAAUGGGCUGUCCCAGCAUCCUGGCAGUCGGGUCUCUCAAACGGUGCACGUUGCGGUGAAGUCAUCGGACUUUUGAUCAACGGUCUGGUCUCGGAGCGUUUGGGCUAUCGUCGAACAAUGAUAUGUGCUCUACUCAUGAUCACGGCUGUCAUAUUUGUUUUCUUCUUUGCCGUCAAUGUGCAGAUGUUGUUAGCAGCCGAGAUCCUGGCAGGUAUCCCGUGGGGAAUUUUCCAGACUUUGCCAGCGGCCUAUGCCUCUGAGGUAUGCCCAGUUGUCCUGCGACCAUAUUUGACAACUUUCAUCAACAUGUGUUGGGUUUUCGGACAAUUCAUCGCAGUGGGUGUCAACCGCGGGUCGAUAUCUCGUGGCGAUCAAUGGGCAUGGCGCAUUCCUUUCGGCGUUCAAUGGGUCUUCCCCAUUCCCAUUAUCGUCGGUUGUCUCUUUGCACCCGAGUCGCCUUGGUGGCAUGUGCGCCAAGGCAAUGUCCAAGGAGCUCGACGAGCACUCCAACGCCUGACAUCGUCCAAUGAUCCAAGUUUCGACCCUGAAGAAACCAUCGCCAUGAUUCAACAUACAAAUGAGCUGGAGAAAUCGCUCACCACUGGAACGACCUAUAUGGACUGUUUCAAAGGAACUAACCUACGUCGCACCGAGGUGGUUUGCUUUGUCUGGCUAGUUCAGACUUUAUGUGGCCAAAACCUGAUGGGGUACUUUGCCUACUUUUGUGUCCAGGCCGGCCUACCCACGGUUGAAUCCUUCAACAUGUCACUUGGACAAUAUGGACUUGGUGUCAUAGGAACCAUCGGAUCAUGGUUCUUAAUGAGCUAUGCAGGCCGCCGAACAAUCCAUAUCGCAGGCCUGGCCAGUCUCUUCGUUCUCCUCAUCAUCACAGGCUCAUUGUCAUUUGCUCCAGAAGAAAACAACGCGGCCAAGUGGUCGAUCGGUGUGAUGCUGAUUAUCUUUACCUUCUGCUAUGAUAUCAGCGUCGGCCCGGUCACAUACUCCCUUGUUUCUGAACUGUCAUCAACUCGUCUGAAGGCAAAGACAAUCGUGCUUGCACGAAGCUUAUACAAUAUCAGCAACAUCGUCGUGAAUGUUCUCACGAACUAUCAACUGAACUCCACGGCCUGGGACUGGGGUGCGCGGUGCGCAUACUUCUGGGCCGGCACGUGUCUGGUAUCUCUGGUCUGGGCAUUUUUCCGCCUCCCUGAGCCGAAGGGCCGCACAUAUGAGGAGCUGGAUUUACUGUUUGAGCGCGGGGUCUCAGCACGGAAAUUCGCGAGUACAAUUGUGGAUCCAUAUGAGGGCGAACCUACGGAGGUACACGAAGCAAAUGUGGACAAGUAUUGA